GCAGCUGCCUCUUAGGUCUCGCAGGUCUGAUCCUUCUCUCCUGACCCCGCCAAAUUGGCGGGGGGGCGCGGAGAACAGCCCGACUUCAGGGCCAUGGCUGUAGCCUCCUCGUCCUCUGCCGCCGGUAGCUCCGCGGAAUCGCCGGUUUCAGCGAGAGAGACCCCCACCGCCUCUGCAGGCUAACAAGCAGCUGCGGCCACCAAGCUGCCAAGGCUACUAUGCUUCCUCUGGGCCACCACCUUCCCUUUGGCCCGCUCAGGCACCUCUCCGGCUGCUCGUUCCCGCCUCAGUGUCAAACUGGAAGAGAAAUAAAGUUCAACAAAAACUUACUAUGAUCGGACUUCCUUCUUAAAAGAAGAAGUGAUUAUUGAUAUUAUGGAUCGGAGCAAACGGAAUUCAAUUGCAGGAUUUCCCCCACGUGUAGAGCGUUUGGAAGAGUUUGAAGGAGGUGGUGGUGGAGAAGGGAACAUGACCCAGGCAGGAAGAGUUUGGCCAUCUUCAUAUCGAGCUCUCAUAAGUGCCUUUUCCAGACUGACACGUUUGGAUGACUUCACCUGUGAAAAAAUUGGGUCUGGCUUCUUCUCUGAAGUGUUCAAGGUGCGACAUCGGGCUUCUGGUCAGGUGAUGGCUCUUAAGAUGAAUACUUUGAGCAGUAACCGGGCAAAUAUGCUGAAGGAAGUGCAGCUCAUGAAUAGACUCUCCCAUCCCAACAUUCUUAGGUUCAUGGGUGUGUGUGUACAUCAAGGACAACUGCAUGCACUUACAGAGUAUAUCAACUCUGGGAACCUGGAACAGUUGCUAGACAGUAACCUGCAUUUGUCCUGGACUGUGAGGGUGAAAUUGGCCUAUGACAUAGCAGUGGGCCUCAGAUACCUUCACUUCAAAGGCAUUUUCCAUCGGGACCUCACAUCAAAGAACUGCCUGAUAAAGAGAGAUGAGAAUGGUUACUCUGUAGUAGUAGCUGACUUUGGCCUGGCUGAGAAGAUCCCUGAUAUUGGCAUGGGAUGUGAGAAGUUGGCUGUAGUGGGCUCACCCUUCUGGAUGGCACCUGAAGUUCUUCGAGAUGAGCCCUACAAUGAGAAGGCGGACGUGUUCUCUUAUGGUAUCAUCCUCUGCGAGAUCAUCGCCCGCAUCCAGGCUGAUCCAGACUACCUUCCCCGCACAGAGAAUUUUGGGCUGGACUAUGACGCUUUCCAGCACAUGGUGGGAGACUGCCCCCCAGACUUUCUGCAGCUCACCUUCAACUGCUGUAAUAUGGACCCCAAACUGCGCCCAUCCUUUGUGGAGAUUGAGAGGACCCUGGAGGAAAUCAUGAGCCGCCUGCGGGAAGAAGAGCUGGAGAGGGACAAAAAGCUGCAACCUACAGCUAAGGGACUCUUGGAGAAAGUUCCUGGGGGGAAGCGACUAAGCUCACUGGAUGACAAGAUUCCAUACAAGUCCCCACGUCCAAGACGUACUAUUUGGCUGUCUCGAAGCCAGUCAGACAUCUUCUCUCGUAAGCCCUCGCGUACAGUGAGUGUUUUGGACCCCUACUACCGGCCACGAGAUGGUGCUACACGCACUCCCAAAGUUAACCCUUUUAGUGCUCGCCAGGACCUCAAAGGUGGCAAGAUCAAGCUCUUUGACCUACCCAGCAAGUCUGUCAUCUCCCUGGUAUUCGACCUGGAUGCACCAGGCCCUGCAACAAUGCCCCUGGCUGAUUGGCAGGAGCCUCUGGCUCCACCUGCCCGCCGGUGGCGUUCUUUGCCUGGUUCACCAGAGUUCUUGCAUCAAGAGGCUUGUCCAUUUGCAGGCCGUGAAGAAUCGCUAUCUGAUGGGCCCCCACCACGCCUCAGUAGUCAUAAGUAUAAAGUAAGAGAGAUCCCACCAUUCCGGGCAUCUGUCCUUCCAGCUGCUGUAGCCCAUGAGGCAAUGGACUGCUCUAACCAAGAAGAAAAUGGUUUUGGGCCCAAGCCCAAGGGGACCAGCUCAGGCCUUGGAAAUGCCUCUGAGGAGAUGGAGGUUGAAGAAGUAAGACCAUGGGACUUGGUUGCAAUCCCCUCCUCUGUCUCAAGCAUAGGCCCACAAACCCAGGGAGAAAAGGAUGGGUGAGGGAGGUUAGUCCCUGUCUACACUUUGGGGAUGGAGCUUCAGCUGAAGCCAUAGGUGCACAGCCUUGACUUUUCUCUGGAGCCCACAGAGCAGGCAGGCUGCUUAGCUUUUGGGCUUCCAGGACCCAAUGGCACAUAUGAGAUGAAGCAGCAGUGAGAGAGGCAUUCUAGUUAGGGCCAACCAUUGGUACUAAGCCUCAGACAUCUAGCAAGGAGCUCCAACUCCCACCUGUUGGUUUCUAGUGUACUUUCCGCACUGGACUCCUAGUUCUAGGAUGAGCUGGCAGGUGGCUAUUACCCCAGUUCUUUCCUGCCCUAGGUCUCUUUUCCCCUUUCUUGGGGCAUAUAAGCUACUGGAAGGAACUCAAAGCUGACCAGGAGGCCCUAAUAGGCAUGGCUGUUUUUCAGACUUGAAGACUGGGGUGCUUCUUGCCAGUAUGUCUAAGACACUUGAAUAAUUGCUGUUUGCACUUACUGCAUGGUCAGACCACACCACUACAUUUCUAUGCAAGGGGGCGGGGCAAGGUAACAUGGUGGUCAUGGCUCUUAGCUAACCUAUUCAAAGACCUUUUCCAGUUGAUUAAUCUAUUUUCCUAUUUAUAAAGGAGUCUUAAUGUUCUGCCUCAUAAGACUUUCAGCCUUGUGGUUGGGAGUGGGGGCUGGUUUUGUAGGCCUUAGGGCCUGCUCUAAGUAUUUUGUUAACAGGUGAUACAACCAGUUGGUUAAACG